UAUUAAAUUAUAGACACCAGCGGAAAGGGAAGUAGCAAAAUUGACGAUUCAAUUGCGGCAAACGGAGGAGAAUUUCAAAACCAAAGUCACAGAAUGUGCUAUGCUCCGAACUGAAUUAUUGAAGAAAAAGGAAGAAUUAGAAAAAGAAAGAUGUCAGCACAGAGAAGUUCAGAACAAAUUACGCGAGCUGGAAAUGAAGUUCGAAGGAUUAGCAACUCACACUAACAUGUUGUUAGGUUCGAAGGAACAGGCUUUUGAACAAGAAGUGAACGUUCGAGCACUCAAACAGUGCUACAGGGAAGCUAGAGAAGAGAUUGACGAGUUAAGACUUUUAAUGAAAGAACAAAAUGAGCAGCUUCAAGAUUACAGAGUUAAGUACUUGCAAGCUCAGCAACUGGUGGAAGAACAACGCCGGCAAAUGGACAUGAUGGAUAUGGAUAACACUAGAAUAAGUGAACAGAUCAAUUUAGAGAUCCAGAAAGUCAAGAUUAAAUUCCAAGAAAAAUUGCAAGAGUUGGCUCCCAUCCCAGAUUUGCUGAAAGCUACUCAAAUGAGAUUAAAAGAUGCGCAACAAGCGCAGGCUAUAGCUGAGCACAACGCCGAACAGCUAGCGAGAGAAUUGAAUUGUGCUAGAGAAAAGGUUCACGUUCUGCUACAUAAUAGCCUAAAAGCUCCAGAGAAGCCCCCGGAGAGGGGUGGUGAUGAAAAGCAAUUGGCAUUGGCUCAGCAGAGAAUCACACAGCUUACAGAAAAUAACAUGGCUCUUAAGAGUGAAGUAGAAAGACUUAAAGCAAACGUAAUUAGGAUGGAGGAAUCUGUCCUUGCAAAUGAAAAACGCUUGCAGGAGAAAAUGCACGAAUGUGCCCAAAUUGGCGGUGAACUGGACAGAGCAAGAGAUGAAGCAGCAAGGGCUUUGCAAAGAGCUAACGAUCGUACUGAGACAAUACGAAAGUGAGUUUUGUAUGGAAUUUUUGUGGGAAAAGAUUUUUUAGUAGCGUUACCCAUACAAACGAGACGAAGACGAAUUUGGUGCAUUUCGUGCACUUCACGUGAAAUAUAUAACAUAGCAUAUCCAGUUGUGCCGUCGGGAACGGUUAUGUGGUUGCAAAAUCGAUGUGCAUUAAAAUUGCUAUGGAGAAAAUAUUUCGCAUUGCAUUGAAAAAUAAUUCGGUAUUCAGCAGUUUAAUAACAUUUUUAAUGACGUUCUUUAUUGACUAAUUGUUUUUAUUAGGUGUAUGCAAACGUCUAUAGCGGAGCUUGAAAGACAACUAGCAGCAUCCAGGGCUCAAGUGAAGACUGCUGAGAAAGAUCGCGAGGAACUUCAAUGCCGCAUGCAGUGCCAGAUCCAGCGGUUGAAUGAUAACUUCGAACAGGCUCAGCUACGUAUACUCGGUCUGCAGACUCAAGUACAAACUUUAAGGAGGACCGCUUCCAGCGCAGGCGAUGGCGAGGGUGACAAUGACGUUCAAGAAUGUGCCUGUAAAUCCUUCUUUGAAAAUCCAUAGAUGAAUGUAUUCUGUUAUUUUUAUCGAGUUUGAGACAUAUUUUUUUACAUUAGCCGCAAUGAUAACGAUGGAUUCAAUUCAUAUCCCAUGUCUUUUACUGAUGUGUGAAAUAUAUACAAUACCAUAAAUCAGUCGGACGUUUUGAAAUAAUAAAUAAAAAUAAUAGUUAUUUGAAAAGAGUGAACGCACAAUUAUUUUCCGAUUGGUAACAAUGUUUAUCGUAUGAUAUAUUAUUUUUGGUUAUAGAUACUAAAUUAUCUAUCGAGUAGCAAAUGUUUAUUCGAUUUCAU